AUGUCGAACCCUUACGAAAGAGAAGCCGAAGACCGCUACGAGGCUCAGAAUGAUUCCUCCCCUGUUUCUGGAACAGUCAGAGAUAAUACCUACGCCCAUGAAACGCGUUCCGAGCUAAGGAGUCAGAUCCCUGUUCAAAAGGACGAAGAUGUUGAAGAAGAUCCUAUCCAGCCUCCAUUCUCCAACAGUACGCAACAACUAGAGAACGACGAAAGAGAGGCUAUCGACAGAAGCAACAUCUUACGUGGCGACCGCUUACGUCACGCAAAGCCCCGUACUCAGGAUGGAUAUAGUGAAGGACGUGAUGAGGACGAUCUACCCGAGGAUGUUCGUUAUGGACAGUCUGGAAGAUCUGCCACGGGUGGAAUUUUCUAA